GUUCUCAUCUGCAGACUCAGGAAGAGACGCAGCCCGGCCUGAGUGCAUGAAGCUUUUUGGGGCCCAUGAUGGAGGGCUGGCCAGCUGUGGCCUGGGUGCUGCUGGUGAUCAACAUCGCCCACUGGCUGAAAACCGUCCAGUCACGGGACUUCACCAUGAAGGACAUCGUCCUGCUGUAUCCCUCGACUACACCUCAUCCCGGCGGCUUCAAGUGCUUCACGUGUCGAGACGCUGCAGAUAACUACGAGUGCAACCGCUGGGCACCGGACGUGUACUGUCCCAAAGAGACCAAAUACUGUUCCACACUGCACAUGAUGGACCACAAUGGACACAGUGUGUCUGUGACCAAGCGCUGUGCCACCCUGGCGGACUGUCUCUAUACUGGCUGUACUGAUGUCAUCGUUAAUGGCUACCAGGUGUGCUCGUCCUGCUGCGAGGGGAACAUCUGUAACGUGCUGGUGCCGAGGAACGAGAGCAACGCCGUCUUCUCCACUUCUGUGGUCAGCUCGAGUGGGGGGCUUCGACCUCCUGCGGCGCUGAGCUACAUCACCAUCAUCCUCCUCACAGCUGGACGGGGCUGAGAGGGAAACUUAGCAUCUGUGGGACAUCGUCGAACAGUUGGAGACAUUUUUUGAGAAAUCUGCUGGACGUGAAGAACAAUUUUGACUCCCUCAUCUUGUGAUAUUGUUAAAAGAAAAGAGAUGCAUGUGAAUUUGUGUUUAUCCUGCGUGAUAAAAUCAAACCGCAUCAGGGUGUUCAUCAGAAGGUUCAGAGUCAAAGAAAAUGCAAUUUAAAGUUGUAAUUUGAGAUUUGGACAAAUCAAAAUGUGAAAACACUGCGUUCAGACACAUCACCACUGCGCUAUAUUCCCUUUAAAUUAGACUUGUCUUCACGUCAGGCAAUUUUACAUUUGUUAAAAGCUUUUUGGUUGAUUUAUUUAUGUUUACGUUGCAACAGUAUUAAAAUUAUAACCACGUUGUAGUUUAACCAUUUUGAGAGAUUUUGUUAAUAACAGCAAAAUAGUCCAAAACGUUGAAUGGUCUUUUUUUCACCCAGUAGCUCAAACAAAUUUUUGUAUAUUUUAUAAUAUAUAUUAAGGACUCUUAUUAUGAAAAUGAGACACACACAUACUCACAGCUACAGGAAAGUAUCAUUUCAGCCGGGUCACUUUGUUUAUUCAGCAGCUCUGAAGUGUAACGCCUCAACUCAAACACUAUCCACAUUUCUUCUGAUUCUGUGACAGAUCAAGGAGAAACAACAGAACACAGUACAUACACACAAGUAUGAAGAGUGUCGACCAGUUCUUUAAGUCCCACUCCAGAAGUUCAUCACGGCCUUUAAAUCUCUUCUUUGUUUCUAAAAUUACAUUUUCAAAACUGCCUUAAAAUGGCUUAAAUGUAACUCUUUAAAAACUUGAUUUUCACCAGAGGGCGACUUUGAAUCUGGAUCUUUUCACAUGAGUUAAAACAGCUGCCUGGAUUUGAAAGGUUUCCAUGUUACAUUCAUGUUUCUAAAAUUAUAAAACAUGAUGAUUCCAUCCUCUAAAAUCCUCCUGCAGACUUUCUUCAAAUGGCAAAUAUCACAUUGUGCACCGAGUGUGUUUCUCCCUGGAUGUAGUGUGAGAUAAGCCGGGUUUGAAAUGUCAGAGUCUCAUUCAAGUCCUUAGUAAUAAAACACUGGCCCGGCUGCCAUGUAUUGCAUUGAGACAAACCUUCCACUGAUACAACCCAUGUACCGACACUACUGUACAUUCACAUCCUUCUUCACAGCUUCUUCAAACCAUAAAUAAAGGUCAUUUGUUUGGAUUUCA